AGUGCCGGAAGGGCACCAAGGCAGGGUCAGAGCUCUACGGAAGUGACCCAAAAGACCGUUGGCGAUUUGAGGUGUUAGGGGAGGGGUUCAGGACCGUUGAAAAGGCCACGAAGAGAGUUGGAAAUCUGAAGGAGUGGUGGCAGGAGAGAACAGGCAGGCCCCAAGUUAAAGUUAGAGCACUGAGGUUCACCUGUGCAUUGGAGACGAUGCUCCCCUUCUUCUGGCUAAUUCUCCUGGAUCUCCAAUGGGUAGACACCAGUGUCAGCAAUACCAGUGUGUGGGAUAUCAGCACCACUGUGUGGGACAACAGCACCAGUGUGUGGGAUAACAGCACCAGUGGGUUGGGCAUUGCCAUCCAACCUAGGGAAGGUCUUAAAAUGCUUUGCCAUUUUUGUACAACAAUAAACACAUUUCAUUGCCCAGAAGUUCAUCCUUGUGAUAAUGAUUUUAGACGCUGUGGGACUGUUGCCAUUCGUAUGAAUUCUCGGGAGCUCUUAGUCUACAAAAACUACAUGCAGACCUGCCCGUUUGUGCUGGUUCAGCCUCCCCCAACUGUUUUAACAAGACGGCUUCCAAUCUCCAGUAGCUUCUACUAUUCCAAUUGCUGCUCAGGCAUCACUUGCAAUGAUGCAGGACCCACUAAUGUAGAGAGGGAUUUGUUACCUCCUCUUGUGGUUGAAGAAACUGUGAUUGCCAGAGCUGUGUGUCUGGGGGUGUCCAACGUUUUCCUGAAUCUUUCCUUAAUCCUCUCCAUCAGCUUACUGACCUGAGAAACCCUCUAUGCGGUGUAACUGUCUUCCCAUAGUUGUAAGGAAAUUUGCUCUUUGAUGCCUCCUUGUGAAGCAGAGACAGUGUUCCGGGCAUCUGUUGGGCCUGUUCAUAACUUGUUGUAAAAUAAAUAAAGGUGUUGAAAAUUU